GUCGUUGACAGAAUCGAGUCAACGCGGUCAACCACCCGACCAAAAUCCCCAAUCUCUCUCCCCCCCCCCCCACACGUUUGGGACGCCGGAACGAGAGUUAGGGUUUCCAGCUUUUCUCCUUGUGAGCAGAUGGCGAUCGUCGCUGCCCCUCCGUCCGGUCUCCGACGAAUCCCGGUCAUCCGAGUCGGAAGUCGCCGCCGAUCCCUGAAAAGAUUUUCCUGUAGGGUGAUGAAGGAUGGGGCAAUGAGGCCUUACGAUGAUGAGAAGAAAGAAGAUGAUUGUGGUGGUCUUCAUUUGACCACAAGAGUUACUCGGCUUGAAAUCUCUGCUAACCCAUCUAAUAUGGCGCCAAGAAUUCCUAAUCUUGAGAUGUCAUCGGGUCCAUCCAACCUCCAUUUUAACAAGUUGCAGCCGUCGGAUGAGGAACCUGAUUGUAGUCGUGCAUCCGAUCUUCGUUUCAAUCGGUUGCAGCCCACGGAUAAGGAAUGCGAUUGCAGGCAUAAAAGGGUUUUCGGGCGUUUUGUUGCUCGAGAGGCUCUUCUUGAUGAAGAAUACUGGACUGCAGCAUGGUUGAGGGCAGAAAGUCAUUGGGAGGACCGAUCAGAUGUCCGCUAUCUUGAAAAUUUCAAGAGGAAAUUUGCAGAGCAGGAGUUUAAUGCAAUAAAGAGGCGAUGCAGUAGGCACCAUGCUGAGAAGUGCAUCUGCAUCGUUGCGGUAAAGAAUGAUGAAAGAAAUAGUAAGCGUACUGUAUUAAGCAGCAUAGUCGGGACUCUGGAUUUAAGUAUAAGACAUCUUUUAUGUGGAGAAACAUUUCCCGGGGAAUGCACAAAGCCAUCAGCUUUUUCCAGCAUCUACCAAGCAGAUCAACCAAAAUAUGGUUAUGUGGCAAACUUAUGCGUUGCAAGAUAUGCUCGUCGUCAAGGGAUUGCAAGCAACAUGCUGUUAUUAGCUUUUGAAGCAGCCAAAUCAUAUGGCGCUGAUGAGACAUUUGUACAUGUGCAUAAGGAUAACGUUGCAGCUCAGAAAUUAUACGACCGCACAGGAUUCCAGGUGGUUGACGAGGCCAUUCCUCAUUUAUUAGCGGAGAACAAGUAUUUGCUGUCUUUCAAGACUUAGUCUUCUUCCUUAAGAGAUGACUGCUCCCAUGUUGUUGUAUAGAAAAAGUCGGUUUCCAUAACAGUUCCAUUGACGCAUCAUCCCAUGCCCUAUGGUCAAUUAACGAAACAUAUAGGGUGUGGCAGAAAAUACUCCAAAAUGAGUUGUAACUUGAUCCACACCAAGGCCAAAAUUAUGUGCAACUUCAUUGAUUCAAGUAAAAGCAUCUCGUUAUCAUUGAUUUUCUCCUGAA